AUGCGAGCUCCUCUGGCCACGAAUUUGGCUGAAAAUGGACAAGGCAACGAUGAGCCGACGCCCAAGGGCGAAGAAACUAAAACCCCCGUAAGGUUGUGACACAAAUCGAGAGAGGACUUCUUCGCGAACACAACGAUACCACAACCAUGCCUUAAAACCCUCUGGCUUAUGAGUUACAAACGUUUUUUCCAAGGUGGAAAGAAAAUUUUGUCAUCCGGGUUUUUGCCUUUUUUGGAAAAAGGGCAUGUAAAGUGCAUCAAAUUAUAUGAUUUUUUGGGCAUGGUGUUAGACUGUCCUAGGAUGUUUCUAUGCCGAAUUUGGAGGUUCUAGGCCCAGUGGUUCCCGAGAUACGAGGUGGAAAGAAAAUUUUGUCAACCAGUAUAACUCAAUCCGGUAAUUCACAAUGUCAAAAAUUAGCAAAAAUCGCUAAAAAAACUUAAAUAUUGACUUACAUGUUGUUCUCGAGGUGUUCCUUUUUUCGAAUCACAUUGCCAGACACUGUAAAAGGAGGUCAGAACAGAGCCUCAGAAAAUCUUUUUAUAAAAUUUUGAUUUCCCUCUCGAAAAAAGAAUGUUUUUUAAUGUUGCAGAAGGUGUUUUUUGAUUGAUACUCGGAAACUGGACAAGUGAUGUUUUCAGCUAUCCCGAUUUCCUCUUUCGUUUAACAUGCAAAAUGUUGGUUUUCUUACUGGAGAACUUGUCAAAUUUUGUUGUCGAGCCUUUUGGGAACAUGUAGAACAUUCAAUCGGAAGACUUGAUAAAUGCACUUGCAAGAAACUUAUUUUUCGGGAAGUCGGUGAAAGAUUACGGUGUGGGCCAGCUGAAAAGCCCUAGUUCAACAUGUUUGAAUAUUCAUAUUGUAAUCUUUCGCCGACUACCUAAAAAAAUAAGUUCCUUGCAAGUGCAUUUGCCGAGUUUUCCGAUUUAAUGUUCUACAUGGUUCUAAAAGGUUGACAACAAAAUUCGACAAGUUCUCCAGCAAGAAAACCAAUAUUUUGCAUGUCAAAUGAAAGAGGAAAUCGGGCUAGCUGAAAACAUAACUUGUUCAGUUUCCGAGUAUCGAUCCAAAAAACACCCUCUGCAACGUUUAAAAAAAUCUUCGGCUUCGAGAGGGAAAAUCUUUCAGAGCAGGGAGAGAGUUCAGACAUGAACACUUUAUCAGGCAGGCCAAAAAGUUUUCUCACGUUUUCACACGGCAGGACAAUCUCAAAUAGAACAAAAAUGUCUCCCGCCUACUUUGAAGUUUCGUCCAAACGAAGUGUCACAAUUGAUAAAAAAAAAAAUAAAACAAUUCGAGAAAAAAAACUUUCGAUCGACAAACCACACGAAAGAUUUUGUUGUGGCAUUUUGUCCUUCUCCUUUUGGUACUCCCUUAUUAAUCCAACUGUUACGUUUAGCUUCAUUUUGGGAUACCACACCCGAAGCAGGGACCUCAGCACAAAGCGAAGCAUACGCUGGUCAAGAAGAAGACGAGCUGAAUGUCGAGGAACCAAAGAAGAAGGUGCGCCGAACAGCAGCCUUGUGCACAGGUCCGAUGGCGACUCCGCUGGAAAGCUUUACAACUUCCGGACGUCAUGUUUCAGUUGGAACGUCGCAGAGAAACAAUCCGAUCUACUACACAGCCAGCAACCGCUACAAGGGUUUUGGAUACAAGUUCUCCAAGAAUGAGAAUAAGACCAACAAAGCAGGAACAUCUGUUCGCGUCAUCUGCGUUCAGUGCAAGUUGCUAGGAGGAAGAUCGAAAAACACCGUGAAUACAACCACUAUGAUGUUGAAGUCGGACCCGGAUGAAGGCAAGCACAUCUGCAUGGAGCGAGGGCACGGGUUUCCCAUUAACAAGGUGUUGAUGGAGCAGCAAAUGCGGUAAGUACUGGUGAACAGUUUAAUGAGUUUCAUGUUUGUUCUGUUUCAGGUCGGUAAACCAGUUGGUCAAAAAACAUCCAAACGCCAUAACACCCCAGGAGGGAUCCGAGAUGAUCUACAACAAGGUUAAGGAAUGCUUUGAAGGGCACCCACAACAAAGUGCAAUUCUUGGCAAACUCAAGACAAACAUCCGUCAAAGAAUGAUGUAUCACGCUAACACAUCGGCUGUAUUUGAAGAGACUGGGCCGACGUCCUGGAAAGACGACUGCCGCGAAAUAAUGGAGCGUGCCGUUCACCAAGACAGUCAGGACGAAGCUGUACCGCCAGGGGACAUUAAGCCCACGACUUCAGAACCUAUCCCGGAUUACAAGGCUCCGGAAUUCGACGACGACGCCUUAAAUGACGCUCUCGAAGCCAUUGCCGCUUCGUUGAGGCAGGAAUUGAGCCCACCACAUGGAGAAGCUUACGAAGACAUUCCAACCACCAUGGCGACCGAGUUUUCGGACGCAGCACCCGUUGAAAGACCGGCUGCAAACAGGACACGGAAGAACAGGCAUUCCUUGUGA